AUAAAUGCGAUUAAGCUCCUAUACAUACAAAUGUCAAGCCUUAUGCUUUAAAAAAAAAAGAGCACACCUUAGGUAGUAAGUAGAUGGACUUUACAAAGCGAAGACACGGAGAUAUCUCUGCUGUCAGUCGUAUGGUCAGAAUGGGAAAAAAGGACCCUAAGUUACAGAGGACCCUCCGUUACGCGUCACGCAUGUCAUGGGCCAUCCCAACUCCCUCCCAAAAUCAUGUCCUCCAGCCAGAGGCCUCAGCAGGUGCCUGGGGGUUCACCUGAACUCCAUCCAUCUAAUAGUGCCAACCGCAUUGGAGGACGCUUCUUAUUACCUUGGCGAAGCUUUCAACCCGAUGACAAUGUCGAUCGGGUUCGGCGAAACCUGGCCGGCCGUCUUAGAAAUGAGACCGAAUUCGAUGCUUAUGUCAAGCCUGGGAGCAAUGAAGAGCUGGAACUUGUCAAGUUGCUUUUCAGUAUGGCGAACAACCAGGUUCCCUGGAGUGAUUUAUUUAAACAUGAGGCUUUUCUGAAAUCUGAGGCUGAGUUAAUUUACACUUCGAACUCAGCUUUGGCAUGGAGCGGUGAAUUCAAAGGCGACCUCGCAAAUGAUAAAACUCCUUAUGCUAGGCUAACGACUAUCAUAAAUUCAUCUGGAACCGGCAAGUCUCGAAUGCCUCCUCCCGAUAUGAAACUCCGUGAUUGGCUUGUUUCUCAGAUACGCAAUAGGGAUACCGUUCAGAAGAGGUUACGGGGAUUCUUAACACUGAAGACCAUCGUGUCAGAGAAACAAGAUAUGGAGUUACCAAGUUUAAAUUGGGAAUCGUCAAAAGAAAAGCUGCAGGACUAUAUGCCAUUGGUUGUAGAUCGCCAGAGGAGGCUGGCAUCUGCCUUCCGCGAGCAUAUGACUACGGUAAUCAAGUUGGCCGAUGAGUUUGUGCAAGGCAGCACAUGGGUCAAGGACGAAGCAGAACGGCAAUAUGGAUGGUACGUUAUGGGAGGCAAGGGCCUGCAAGAGGCAGGAAAGGGCCCACUCGAUGCAGGCGAAAGCCUCUGUCGCUUCAUAGAUGAACAUAAGAUUUUGGAAUCGAAUCAUGGCCCACGACGACCUCUGGUGGUCCUCGCUUUCGACGAGGCUCAUGCCCUCACUGAUAACCCACGUCAAACAGACUGGAAUCUGUUCUCAGAGUUGCGUCGAACUCUACGACAAAUCCAGGACUUCCCAAUAUUCUCAAUCUUUCUUUCGACAGCGGGGCGCUUCAAUAAAUUCUCCCCAGAGAUCCGUUCUGAUCCUUCAGCUCGGGUCAGAGAACCCGACAACCCAUUGAAGGAUACCGUUACGAUACACAGAGUGGUAGAAACCGAUUGGAUUUCCCAUCUCGGACGCCCAUUAUUCGGGUCUUAUUGGGAUAAGUUCCCAGAUGAGCUAGCGAUUCUGGAUUCUGCGAGGCAGAAGCUGCUGAACGGGCCAAAUGAGCUGAGGGACGACAAUUCGGCUGGUGCCCUUGCCUGCCUCUCCGUACGUUUAGCGCUGGAGUUCAACACAGACGUUUCAGCCCACGCUGUAAGCUGUGUCCAGGUUGAACGGCAUAUGCGACUCUGCCUCUCAGCGACUGCUGGAUUCGAGGAAUUGAUUACCAUUCCUGGGUCCGAACCACUUCUGGCUGAGGCUGCCUAUGAACUCAUGAGGGAUACGCAUAGGAACGCAGUGCACCAUUUGGCGAACCAUUCGGAUCUGAACUGCAUCGACCGUGGGCGGCGUGGUGAGCUAAUUGCGACUCUGCUGAUCAUGCAAACAUACGACGCAGCACGGGAAAUUAGUGGUAGAAGAUGGGUGUCUGUGGCCAACUUCAUGGAGGCCUUACUUCCGACGUGGAACUAUGAGAUGCUCCUUCAAUCCAGCCCGACAUCUUGGCUCGUGAAGGAUGGGCCCAAGAAUCGCGACAACACAUUCCAGGCGAUAUUCAAGGACUACGGCAUGUGGUUUAACCAUGUCAUCAAGAUCGAGACACAGGAGAUGAUCUCAAGCAACCAUCUGUGGAAAUUUGUUACGCGUGGGGCGAUGAUAUUGUGUGCGACUAAUCAAGAAGGCAUUGAUAUUGUUUUGCCCAUUUGUCACACGACACGAAAUCUUUGCCCAGAUUCUAUGACGGCCAUGGUCAUCCAGGUGAAGAAUGCGCCGACUUACAAGGCAACACUCAAAUCGUCAUUGUUUGAUACGAUGGAUCGUGCUGUACUAUUCUCCACCUCCGACUCCGACUUUGCUGAGGCUUCAGGGGAGCCGAAUAUCACAGAGCUGGCGGAGCCCAAGAAAAAGAAAAGGAAGAUGGCCCCAGGGCCAAGUGUGAUUCCGAAGCCAGAAGCGGCGGAUCUGAAGCCGGUUAUCCGAGUGGUAUUUGACUUGGCUUCUCCAGAACCUGCUGUAGUCUUCAGGCAAUGGCCUGAGGUCCAGCAUCAUUUCAGCGGGUUUACUACCUUUGAUAUCUGGCUGGCAGGCCUCUCAUGCAAAACAUUCAAGCAGAUUCAAGAGGCGGAUCUGGAAUCCUACCAAAUACUUUUAGAGCGUUCACUUAUGCCUCACGAUGCACUCAGUUUGAAGGAUGAACCAAAUGUAGGUGAGAAGGCAAGGCAAGGCAAGGAGGCCAGUAGGCAGAGCAUGGUGCCCCAUCAUGGUAUUCAUCUCUAGGAUCGAAAAACUGUCUAGGACUCCGCAUCCCUAGCUGAUUGACUUUCAAUGCAUACACUUAGGACUUGAAUGUACUUUGGCAAUUAUGAUGUUCUUAUUCUCCGAUGUGUUGCAACUAUCGAAAGAUGCAACAGCUAGCUCCAUUCAGCUUUAGCUCAUCGGCCAAGGAGAAUGCAUAACUAGUGCUUCGAAUCGCACAAAGGAGAAUGGGACCUUAUGUGCCAGUGGUAUGAUACCAGCCCUCGAAUUAAAUUUUCCACGAUCAUGAGUUGACCAAGGCGCCCGUCUACAAACCCAAAUGCGCACUGACCUGAACAGAUUGUAAUAUCGUGCUGAGGCAUUGAGCUGUGACGCAACGUCUCAUUAAACUUUUGGAUCAACCUCGAUGGGAGUAGGAGGCAACGGAUGUGUCUCCAGAUAGUCAAGCAGUUCAGCCCAAUCUUUCUCUGUCCUCCUCCCAGC